AUGGCAUCUCGAUUUAUUCCGAGGUCUUCAUUUCCUUAUGAUCGUGUGAUCAACUGGUUUCCUGGUCAUAUGGCAAAGGGUCUUCGCAUGAUCUCUGAAAAACUCAAUUCAGUUGAUCUUAUUGUCGAGGUCCGCGAUGCCAGAAUUCCUCUUUCUUCUGUCAAUCCAAACUUUGAAAAGGUUGUUGGUCGCAAACCUCGGUUGAUCGUCUACAACAAACAUGAUCUUGCACACCCAGACACCAAAGAUAUUAUCACAAAAGCGUUUGCACGCAAUGCUCCUCACACCCCUGUCAUUUUCACAAGCUGUCUUAAAGACAUGAACAUUCGUGCGAUUCUCAAUCAGGCUGCACUCUUGGCAGAUCCCAUUCCACAGGUCACCUUGAUGAUCGUGGGCAUGCCAAAUGUCGGCAAGUCUUCGCUGAUCAAUUCCUUGCGACGGGUGGGUGUAGGUAAAGGUAAGGCUGCCCAGACAGGGGCACAGCCUGGUGUGACGCGCACGUUGGUUGGCACAGUCAAGGUUCUCGAGGAUCCAACUGUGUAUCUGAUCGACACUCCGGGUGUUAUGGUACCACACAUUGCUGAUCCUGUCCGGAGUCUAAAGGUUGCCCUGACUGGUGGAAUUCGUGAUCAUCUUUCGGACGAACAGAUUAUGGCUGAUUAUCUAUUAUAUCGUCUGAAUGAGAAGGAAGCACAUGGAUACUCGACUUGGUUCAGAUUGCCAGAUGAACAGCCGACCAACAGUGUGGAUGUCCUACUGGAGUCUGUUGCCAAACGUAUUGGUGCAGUUGUCAAGGGAGGCGAGUAUGAGCACACGAUGGCAGCUAAGUUCUUUUUAAAGCAUUACCGGACGGGAAAGCUGGGGCAGUUUACACUGGAUGAUAUCAGCCCUGAAGGAUUAGAGACUUUCUUUGAACGAGUGAAGAUGUAUGGCAGUGAGGGAAAGACGGCAGAUGAUGGAGUUAGUCGACGUCAGGAAAAGAAGAUGGCGAAACUGGCUGCACGAAAAGAGGCCCAGAGGAUCUUUAAACUAGAAGGAGGUAGUAGACGCAAUCCAGAUUCGUUUGCUUAG